CACGGGUUGAGAGUGAGUUUCACGUAACUCUUGAACCAAGGCGGACGUAAGAAGAUGAUGGUGCAAACCAAGUCACAAACAGAGAAGGCGGCUCAGGAGGUUGAGAUAGCCACCAAGGCUGGCGACAAGUGCCUCGACGAAGUGGCGGAGGACGAGACGGAGCUCGAGGCGGUAAAGGUGGUGGUGCACGAGCACUCAGGAGCGCUGGCUCGGCUCGAGGAAGGGUUGGCGAGGGUGCAGGCUGAAGCGAAGACAGAUGCUGAGGGUCUUUGCCAGAUGAUGGAGAACCUUAUGCGAGCGGUUGCAUAGCUGCAGGCGAAGGAGACCGGAGCGGGCAUCGCGGCCAGGCCAACUCCGGUCCUGGCCGAGUCGGCGGCGACGCGGGAGGGGGGGGGGUGAUAUAAUCAAAUUUGCGCAGGGUCAUGCUUCUCGAACCAAACAGAACUGGAUAGGAUGGAAAUCGAUCGGACAGUACUCACCCGUGAAUAAGGGCAAUCGAUAUAUGAAUCGAUAAGACAGAUUCAACUCGGAAUAAAGGGAAAUCGAUAUG